AUGAAUGGGGACCUGAGCCUUUCUCAGGCUUUGGGCGGACUGCGCAUCGCCAAUCCUGACGAUGCUGCCGAGGCUAUUAACUCAUCUUCGACUUCUCCUCCUGGGCCCGACUCGACGGCUCAGAAUACCUCCAUCUCCGCUUCAACUUCAACAUCCGCCCUCCACUCUACGCCUCAACCGACAACCACAUCCACCACGCCCUCAUCCUACGAUGCAAUCCGCCUCGAUCCUAUAGAUGCCGGUGUUGGAACCUCACUUACCGAUCCUCGUCUUACUCCCUCCGCUCAACCUUCCGACCCUAUCUCCGAUCCAAGCCCCUCCACAAAUCAUCCGCAGCCAUCUCCUCAAACGGAGCCGUCGAGGUCCUCCGUUUACGGCAUGUCCACUGUGCCAGAACCUGGCUCAAACCCUUCAUAUCCUGUGAGAGAGUCCAGCCGACGAGACCCCCAUCGCUUCAACAACUCAAGCCGACCAGUAUCGGGUUUAAUGUCUGGUGGCAGCCCAUUGCCUCCUCGAAGGAGCUCAAGGGGGAUGGGGGUUGGCUAUGCAUCUGACCCUGGCGGGCUACAGCAGAACCAGCCUUACGCAGGUGACGCGCCGGUCCCAAACAGCAGAGAGGACUGGCAGGAGCGUGGAGCGGCCGUCGGGGUCCGCAGAGAGGUUGAUGCAAAUGGACGUACCGUUGUCCGCCAGGUCAAAAAGGGCGUCCGUGACUUUUCCUUCGGGCGAGUUCUUGGCGAGGGCUCCUAUAGUACAGUCUACAUGGCGACAGAUCGCCAAACUCUCAAAGAAUACGCCGUGAAGGUACUCGAAAAGAGACAUAUCAUCAAGGAGAAGAAGAUCAAAUAUGUCAACAUCGAGAAGAACACAUUAAACCGACUUACUGAGCACCCCGGAAUUGUCCGGCUAUACUAUACAUUUCAGGACGAGACAUCGCUCUACUACGUCCUCGAUUUGUGCAAUGGCGGAGAGCUCUUGGGUGUCUUGAAGAAGACAGGCACCUUCGAUGUUGAAUGUACCAGGUUCUAUGGUGCACAAAUUCUCGACGCCAUUGACUACAUGCAUUCUCGGGGUGUCAUCCACCGAGAUCUGAAACCCGAAAACGUUUUGUUGGAUGACCAGAUGCACGUCAAAAUUACGGACUUUGGAACUGCUAAACUGCUCAAAGAUCCACGUGAAGACCCUUCAGCUGCAUCAGCCAGCGGUGCGCCGGAUCCUGGAAAAGACGAUGACAGUCGUGCAGCAUCAUUUGUCGGUACUGCUGAAUAUGUGAGCCCCGAGCUUCUCACACACAAGAACGCCUGUAAGGCUAGCGACCUGUGGGCUUUUGGCUGCAUUGUGUACCAGCUUUUGGCUGGUCGACCUCCUUUCAAGGGAGGCAGUGAGUAUCUCACAUUUCAGAAGAUUGUAAAUCUCGAAUACGAAUUCCCGCCUGGCUUUCCACCAGCAGCCAGAGACCUUGUAGAGCGGUGCUUGGUCCUCGAACCAGCCAGACGUCUCACGGUCGAGCACAUUAAGAACCACGAAUUCUUCGAUGGACAUCCAUUCGGAAAAGGACUCUGGAGGACCAAGGCACCCCGUCUCCGCCCAUAUAUACCACCCCCCCAAGAACCUCAAGUUAUUCAGCUCAACGGAUUUUCCACCUCGUCUAACAACAGGCCUCCACAGCAAUCCCAAGCCACUCCCUCCAAUGGGAAUAAUCGACCAUCGAGGAUAAUAACGGAACUUCCUCCCCCGACACAGCUCGACAUUGAAUGGUCGCCCGUUUUGACUAAGAAUAACGAGCGCAUUCUCAAGUUGGGCGAUCUCAUGGUGGUCUCGACGCCUUUACCUUCAAGUCCCCACGGAAAGGAACCAGGAGAAGGACAUAAGAAGUUGUCUCGUUUCUUUAUCGGCAGCACUACUAAGAAGCGUCAGCGCCUGGUAAUGAUCACAUCUAGCGGCCGAAUUGUCCUUGCUCCGGCUGGUGGAGAGGAGAAAAGAGCGAAGCAGGAGCUGUCUCUGCUUGGCUCAGAUUGCACCUGGAAGACCCAAGUAGACGCAAAGGGUCAAACGGUGUGGUGUGUCAACACAGGCGGCCACCACUACACAUUUGAAGAGGCCAAGUCCUCAUCCACACCCCAAGAAGGUGGCUCCGCUGCCGCCGACUGGGUUGAAUGUCUCGAGAGGGCAAGGGACAUGGCAUUAUCUCAGAACAUGACCACCUCUUAUGGUGGUGAUAGUGGAUUCGCCGACAUGUCGUCUCAAGUUUCAAGUCCAUCAAGUACGUUGGGGGGACCAGGCAACUACUCAGAUGGUUUCGGGCUUAGUGACCGACAGGGACGAAACCAUCUGAGUAAGAAUCAGGGGAACAAUGAAGAUCCCGCGCCAAAACGCAACCGAUUCAGCAAGAGACAAUCGAGGAACGGGCUAGGAUCUGCAUUCUAA